AUGAUGAGACGACGUCACCCUCUCAACGCCGUAUAUGAAACUGGAGAAGAACUGUUCUUAGGAACAUGCGACAGUAGAGGUGUUGGUGAAGGUGGCGUCCUCGUCAACACGAGUAUGGCAAAGAACAUCGACUCUUUCGAACAACUUACGACCCGAAUAGGACGUCUGCGGAUGAGAAGAUGUAGUCCAACACCAGCUUUGACUAUCUUCGUCGCUUACGCUCCAACAUCAAGCUACGAUGAAGAAAAAGCUUUCUAUAAGGACCUGGAGAAGUUCUACCGAGAAGAUCAUGCCUUCUACAAGGUCAUAAUUGGCGAUUUCAACGCCAAAGUUGGCCCAAGAAGAACGCCGGAGGAACUUCACAUCGGGACCCACGGCCUACAAUGGAAUGAGGCUCUCCGAGUUCAUCAUGACGACUAA